CCCUUGCCGUGCUGUGCUCACUACUGAAAUAUCGUCGCGUCCAAUCGUUCCUGCUCCGAUUCUCUUUUACUUGUUUUGAUUUUCGAUAUUUAUACUCAGUACUACUGGUGCACGGCCACUAAUAGUCGUUAGUGUUCACUGAAAUUGUUCGAAAUCUCAUUCACCAUGGGAGGCUACGCCUGGGUGACGUUGGCGACAAACGAUUCCUACUCGUUGGGGGCCUUAGUUCUGGCCCAUUCGUUAAAACAAGUAGGCACCCAGCAGCAAUUAGCUGUAUUGGUAACCCCUGGGGUGACAGACUCUAUGCGGGAGAAAUUGAGGCAAGUCUUCGAUCUGGUCCAGGAAGUGAACAUUUUGGAUUCUAGAGACGAAGCUAAUCUCCGCCUGCUCAAAAGGCCUGAGCUGGGCAUUACAUUCACAAAACUACACUGCUGGCGCCUUACGCAGUUCGACAAAUGUGUAUUUUUGGACGCAGACACGUUGGUAUUAGAAAACUGUGAUGAACUGUUCGAACGAGAGGAGUUAUCAGCGGCACCUGACGUAGGCUGGCCAGAUUGUUUCAAUUCCGGUGUAUUUGUGUACCGUCCAUCCAACGAAACUUACGAAAAACUCAUCCAGUUCGCGUUGGAAAAAGGCAGCUUCGACGGUGGUGACCAGGGCCUUCUGAAUUUGUACUUCUCCGAUUGGGCCCACAAAGACAUCAGCAAGCAUUUACCGUUCAUUUACAAUUUGUGUUCUACUGCAUGUUAUUCUUACUUGCCCGCAUAUAAACAGUUUGGAGGCAAUGCGAAGAUUAUUCAUUUCAUUGGAGCUUCGAAGCCGUGGUUGCAGUACUUUGAUACAGAAACUAGGAGGGUGCAUCCUACGGGAGAGGUACAGCACCUUCGGGAUGUGUUGCAGCACUGGUGGAACAUCUUCUGUUCCCUUAUCCAUCCCAGUUUGACGCCAGACAUGUCUGGUUUGGCGGGUGCUUUUGCCCAACUGACAUUAGGUACACCAAGAACGGCCGAGCAAGCUGCGUUGGAUGACCAUCUGAGAAGGCAGGGUUGGGAAGUCGGAAACAUCGAUUACUUAGGGCGAGAUUCCUUUGAGAAUAUCUGGAGUAAAAUUUGCGAAACAUUGUCGAGUGCUCCCGAACCAACUCUGAAACCUAAAGACCCAUCUCCCCCUAUUACCAGUGAGACUGCAGCCCCAGAGCAACCACCAGCAGUUAUUUCACAACCUCAACCAGCAACGACCGAAAUACCCGAACCGGUGGUUGUUGCUGAAAGUGUUCCAACAUCUGAAGCGGUCGCUCGGGCUCCUGCAACGGAAACAGCAGCACAACUCGUGCCUCAACCUGAGGCAUCAAUUCAACCUACACCUACAGAAUUCACACCACCAACUGAAACACAAACCACAGAAGUAACCGUUCAACCCGCACCAGCCUUAGAAGCAGACCUAAGUCCUCGGCCAACCCCAGCAGUUUCAGAAACUCCCCAACCAGUCCCUGACGUUCUCGAAAGUACUCAACCCGCCCCGGUAGCUCCUCAAACACCCGAACCAAUUUUAACAGUCGCUGAAACCUCUCAGCCUGCUCCAGUAGUUCCUCAAAGUCCUCAACCUUCUUCAGAAGUUCCUGAACCCGUUAACCUGCCUUCCGUAGUUCCCGACAGCCCUCGACCAGCUCCAGAAAUUUCUGAAAGCGUUCAACCGGAACCAGUACUUUCCGAAAUCCCUCCAGUAGUUCCACCAGUUUCAGAAGUUCCUCCAAGCCCUGAACCUGUGGUUGUAGCUUGUGAAAGUGUACCACCACCUUUAGCUGAAACUCCCAAACCUACUCCAGAAGUUCCCGAACCCACGUCUCCACCUGUAGUUCCUGAAGCAGCACCCGCAGUUCUUGACACUGCAAUUCCUGAAACGACGACCGCUCCUGAAACUGUACCGCCUGUUUCUGAAGCUGAACCCUCGGUUCCCGCAGUCUCUGAACCUGAACCACCAGCUCCCCCAGUUUCCGAAGCUGCGCCGCCUGCUCCCGCAGUUUCUGAAGUAGCCCCGCCAGCUCCCGCAGUUUCUGAAGUAGCCCCGCCCGCACCCGCAGUUUCUGAAGCUGCACCGCCUGCUCCCGCAGUUUCUGAAGCUGCACCGCCUGCUCCCGCAGUUUCCGAAGCUGUACCGACUUCUCCUGCAGUCUCUGAAACCGUGCCACUUGCUCCCGCAGUUUCUGAAACACCUCAACCCGCUCCGACAGUACCGAAACCUCCUAAAUCCACAUUGGCUAAAAAAAGGCCUAAGUGUCCCGCUCCCGUCAGUGUAAGUUCCCAACCUGUUCCUGAAGUUCCCCAAAGCCCCCAACCCCCACCAGAAACGCCUCCAAGUCCACAACCUAAAUCAGAUUCAUCGGCUGUAACGCCUAAACCUAGUGUUGAAAAAAAGGCUGCAAAAAAAUCGACGAAAGAGGCGCCACCUAAAGCCGAGGCAACGGAAGCUACUCCCCCUUCUGUUCCUGUAGCACCCCCUGCAAAGCAACAAGCAUUAGUAGUGGAUACGAGUGCUCCCGAUACCCCUCCUCCUGCCAGUUCUUCAACCGCAACUCCCACCCCUCCGCCUCGUAAGAGUAGCGGUACACCGAAAAAAACUAGCACGAAGCCCAAGAAAUAAUUUGGAGCGUUUGUUUAUUAAAGCUUAUCUAUAAUGCCAAUUUUUUUUAUUAAUUGUAUUGAAAAUGUGCCCCACUGGGCAAUUUACAAGAUUAUAAACUCAUUUUUAUUUAUUUCUACAUUAGGUUGCCUUUUAGUAUAAUUAUUGUUUACGCUGAGUUUUUCUGUUUA